AUGGAAUCUGAGAGUAUCCAAGACUUGUUUGCGGCUUUGAAGCACGUUGGUAAAAGUGGCUCUUCGAAAGCUGACGAUAGCCUGCCCAAAACCUCAUCAAGCGCCGGCGAUGACUUUGAUCAAGACAACAUAAAGUUCGACGAGGAUGCAAAGGUCGCAGAGCAGCAGGACACAUUUAAACAGAUCGAACAGCAUUUGCGUGGUCUACCUCGCAUGCAGACAGGAUUCGAUGGUCUCGCCAACGGUAAAGAGACCACCAACGCGAUACAAAGGGUGGAAGACCCGGUAUCGAUUCUGCAUUUGCGUAAGAAGGACGCGGAAACGAAAAAGCCAAGUUCUUCUGAACUGUGGUUCACGCUGCCAAAGCCGGAGCUUACACGUGAAAUCAAGCGCGACCUGCUCAUACUGAAACACCGUGCCGCUCUGGAUCCCAAGCGACACUACAAAAAGGACAAAUGGCAGGUGCCGGAGCGAUUCUCCGUCGGAACCAUCGUAGAAGACAAGAGUGAGUUCUUCAGCAGCCGCUUGAAGAACAAGGACCGCAAGAGCACCAUGCUGGGCACGUUGAUUGGUGACGACGAUACCAACAAAUAUUUCAAACGUAAGUACAGUGAGGUGCAAAGCAAGAAGACAAGCGGAGCCAAGGGCCACUACAAGAAGGUACGUGCAAAGCGCAACAAGUUUUGA